AUGACCAGGGUGCCAUUCGGCACCAAGGCAAGUCCGUUCCUGCUAGGAGCUACUCUCCAUCACCAUCUGAGCAGCAUCCAGGGACCGGACCAGGAGAUCGCCAAAACAAUUGCCAGCUCAUUCUACGUGGACGAUCUUCUCGCCGUCGCAUCUACACCUGAGGAGGCGAGGAGCAUCGUCGACGCGACGAGCAGAAUAAUGAGCGCAGCUGGAAUGGAACUGAAAAAAUGGGCAUCGAACUCGACUGACCUGCAAAACUACUUCGAUGACCAGUUUUCGGAGAUGCCAGAAACACAUCGAGCGAUAACGACUGAAGAGGUGACAAGAGUUCUUGGGAUCACCUGGGACAGAAAAGGCGACACUUUGACGUUCACGGGUAACAACAUCCGGGACGCUCUGCACCCGUCUCACAACACCAAACGCUGCGUGCUGCAGGCUGCUUCGAGGGUGUUCGAUCCACUGGGGCUGAUCGCGCCGUUUACAAUAAGAGCAAAACUACUGUUCCAGCGACUCUCGGAGAGAAGCAUCGACUGGGAUGAACAACUACCGGUUGACCUACGUCAAGAAUGGUGCGCCUGGCGUUCGGAGCUGCUUGAUCUGCUCAGUAUCUCGAUUGACCGUCAUUUACAACGAGAUCUGGAUGGCCCGAACACUCUACAGCUCCACGUAUUCGCAGACGCCAGCCCACUAGCCUAUGGAGCAUCCGCCUACUUGCGUGUCGAUGACAGUGCUGGCAAUACACAGGUCAACCUACUUUUCGCCAAGACCCGAGUGGCUCCUCUGAAGAAAUUGACACUCCCAAGACUAGAGCUACUGGGAGCACUUAUCGCUGCCAGAACAGCAGAUUUUCUUAAAGAAGGACUCCAGGUGGGCGCUCUUCCGGUCUAUUUCUGGACGGACUCAUGUAUAGUGCUGCACUGGAUCAAAGGAUCUGCGGCGAGAUGGAAGCCAUUCGUCUGCAACCGCGUAAACGAAAUUCAGUCCAUCUGUAACCCCGACGACUGGCGCUACUGUCCAGGGAAGGAGAACCCUGCUGAUUGCACAACCAGAGGAAUGACCGUCGAAGCGCUCAGAGCCUGUGCCGCAUGGUGGCACGGACCUGACUGGCUCAGACGGGGCCAUGAGAGUUGGCCAGAUGUCGAGACCCGGCCCGUGCCGCACAGCGAAACGGACGACGAGGCACGUCGCCCCUCGGCUACAGUCAUUCAGGUAGUGGUCGUCCCCCAGGCCCCUCUGCUAAAGCUCGAAGACUUUAGCCGCUUUUCGAGAGUUCUCCGUGUGACAGCUUGGGUUAUGCGCUUUAUCAACAAAUGUCGCAAAGUUUCACCAGAGGCUUCCCCGUGGCUUACAGCCGAGGAGAUAGCGACUGCGGAGACGUUCUGGGUGAAACAGGCACAAAGAGACAGUUAUGCUCCAGAAAUUGAUCGUCUCGAAGACGGAGCCGCUGUUCUCUCGACAUCCAAGAUAGCCGACCUGCAACCUUUCCUCGACGAGGAGGGCAUUACGUCUGAAGGGUAG